AUGUUGGAGCUUGAAGUUUGUGCCAUUGCAUUGUCUCAUAACAACAGUAAGUCUGUGAAGUUGUCAACCAAAGCAUCUACAUCUUCCAAGAGGAAUUCGAGGUUGGAGGUUGAAGAAGAAAUUGAUAUGUUGUCAUCAUUUUGUCGACACAAGAAAAAAGUAUUGUUAGUCCAUGUUAUCGUACAAUGUUUGUUUAGAAAGACAAAAGGUUGUAUGUGGAAUGAUCAUGGUAGAGUGGAAAAUAAUAAUCGAUUCUUUUAUAUAAGGAAGCUCAACAAUGUCCACACAUAUGGUGCUGAAGUAUGUACAAUGAAUCAUUCUCGUAUGAGGUUUGAUUUAGUUGCUGAUUUGAUUGUUAAAUGUGUUCGUGAUAAUCCAUUGACACGUCCAAUUUAUGUUGUUUGGGAUUUUAAGUUGGGGUAUGGGCUGAGAAGUUGCAAUCCAGGGAGUUGCAUUGAGUUUGAGUGUGGCGAUGAUACUAAACGGUUUAAAAGAUUAUUUAUUGCUUUUCAUGGUCGCAUUAGUGGAUUUGAUUAUUGUCAACCUCUCUUGUUCCUUGAUGGCACAUUUGUGAAGAGAAGAUUUAGAAGAAAUUUACUUGUUGCUACAGGAAAAGAUGGAAAUCAAGGGUUCUUUCCUGUUUGUUUUGCAAUUGUUGGCUCGAAGAAUCAAGACAACUGGCAUUGGUUUUUGGAACAUUUGUGUACAAUUGUUUCACCAAGAGAAAAUAUUACAUUUGUGUCAGAUCGUAACCUUGGAUUAGUUGAAGUUUUGCCAAAGGUUUUCCCAAUGACUUUCCAUGCUUAUUGUUUAUAUUAUUUGAAGAUGAACUUGAGGCAUCAUUUGCGUGGAAUAUUUCAUGGAUUGAAAGAAAAGCUGAUCACUUUGUUUGGGAAAUGUGCAUAUGCUCCAACAGAAGAAACAAUUCAUCAAUGUUUGGGUGAGUUAAAGACUGAAGAGGAACGUCAUUUCCCUAUCACAAAGUUGAUUGAUAGUGUAAGAAUUAAGUUGACGAGAGGAAUUGCUAAGUGGAGAGAGCUUGUUAAUAAAUGGAAUGGUGUGAUAUGCCCCAAAAUGGAGUCCAAGUUGCAUGAUGCUUUUAAUACUUCGAGGCCAUGGAUUGUUAGUUCAUCUGUGAAUGAUGUCUAUGAGGUGCAUUCACAUCCAUCUGUUUCAGUUGACAUUAGUAGACAAAUUUGUUCUUGUGGCGAGUGGCAGCUGAAAGGGGUUCCAUGUGCACAUGCAGUUGGUGCUAUACAAAAGAGUGGACAUGAUUUGAGUUUAUUUGCUGAUCAAUACUUCUAUGUUCAAAGUUAUCGAGAGAAGCAACCUGGAACGCCAAAUGAGAAGAGGAUUCGUUCCAAUGGUGAGAAAGUAAAACAAGUUACUUGUGGUAGAUAUGGGAAGGUUGGCAAUCACAAUAAGAAAUCGUGUAAGGAGGAUUUGUGA